UCCACAGGAGGGCGCUGUGAUAAAGAUCCAGUCGUUCUUCAGAGCGAGCAGAGCCAGAGAUCAGUACAGGAUGUUGGUGCACUCGGACACGCCCCCUCUGUCUGUGGUCAGGAAGUUUGUUCACCUGCUCGACCUCGGUGACGGUGACAUCAGAGAGGAGGCGGAGCUUCUGCGUCUGAGGGAGGAGGUGGUGAGGAGCAUCCGCUUCAACCGGCAGCUGGAGGCGGACCUGGACCUGAUGGACCUGAAGAUUGGCCUGCUGGUCCGGAACCGAGCCACACUGCAGGAAGUGGUGUCUCACUGUAAGAAGCUGACCAGGAAGAAUAAGGAGCAGCUGUCGGACAUGAUGGACGUAGAGAGAAGUAAAGGACUGAAGGCUCUGAGCCGAGAGAGGAGAGAGAGACUGGAGGCCUAUCAACACCUGUUCUACCUGCUGCAGACGCAGCCUCUCUACCUGGCUCAGCUGAUCUUCUUGAUGCCUCACACUCGCUCCACCUCCUUCAUGGAGAUGUUGGUGUUUAGUUUGUUUAAUUACGGCUCCGACCACCGGGAGGCGUACCUGCUGCUGCAGCUCUUCACUGAGGCGCUGCGCUACGAGAUCAGACUGAAGGUGGAUCAGCCUCAGGAUGUGGUCACAGGAAAUCCCACCGUCAUCAAGAUGCUGGUGAACUUUUACCGUCGCGCUCAUGGUCAGAACGUCCUGCGUGAGGCGCUGUGUCCUGCUCUGCAGGACGUCCUGCAGGACCGGUCUCUGAGCAUCAGGACUGACCCGGUGGACGUCUACAAGACCUGGAUCAACCAGACCGAGAGCCAGACCGGACAUAAGAGCACUCUACCUUAUGAUGUUUCACCUGAGGACGCUCUGUCUCACCCUGAAGUUCAGAGAAGAAUCGACGUCUCCAUCAUCAACCUGAAGAACCUUACAGACCGAGUACUCAACGCCAUCACAUGCAACCUGCACAAGCUGCCGUAUGGUUUACGUUAUACAGCAAAGGUUCUCAGAGACGCUCUGAAGACAAAGUUUCCUGACGCCAGCGACGAUGAGCUCUACAAGAUCGUAGGUAACCUGGUCUACUAUCGCUACAUGAACCCGGCCAUUGUGGCUCCGGACGGGUUCGAUGUGGUGGACCGGUCGGCCGGCUCGUCCCUACAACCGGAGCAGCGACAUGUCCUGGGCUCCAUUGCUCGCAUGCUGCAACACGGCGCUGCCAACAAACGCUUCCACGGAGACGGAUACCACGUCAGAGCUCUGAACCAGUACAUCAGCCAGACUCAUAACAGGUUCAGGAAGUUCCUAUUGAGUGUGUGUGACGUUCCUGAACCUGAGGAGCGAUUCAGCGUGGAUGAGUUCUCCGAGCUGCUCGUCGUCAGCAGACCCGUCAUCUACAUCUCUGUCAGCGAGCUGCUCAACACACACAAGCUGUUGUUGGAGCAUCAGGACGUUUUGUGUGCGGACUCCUCUGAUCCGCUCAGACUGCUGCUGCGAGACCUGGGACCAGUGCCCCCCCUGCAGGAACUCAUUGGAGAGUCUUCAUUAUCUUCAUCAGACCCAGAGUCGGCUCUGACUCACAGCUGUAAGACCGAAGUUUCUCUGACUCUCACCAACAAGUUCGACAUCUUCAACGACUCUGAUGACAAACCAGAUGCCAGAGGUCUGCUGCUCAGCACAAAGCAGCUGAUCAUCGACGUCAUCAGGACUCAACCAGGUGACACUUUGAGUUACAUCCUGAGAACAUCCCCAUCACAUGACCAGGAAGUCUGCCAUGAUUGGCUGAUGCAGCGACGAGCACGACAAGAUGCGCGAACCCCUGAAAAGAUGAAGAGAAACCAGUCGUUGGUCGCUAACGGCAACCUUAGUCUGGAGGAGAAGAAGAGGAAGAUUCUGAGGAGUCUUCGUCGUCUAGAGGGACUCGGCGUCCUGACAUCACCUCAGACUGAAAAUCAAAUCUUACAGAUGAUUGCCAAGGACAUUCGUCAGCAGCGUCUGCACCGUCAGCGUCGGGGGGCGGAGCUACUAAAGCUCCGUCAGACUCUGAGCAGUCUGCAGGUGAAGAGCAGCUUCCACACUGAACAGGUUGAUUACUACAGACAUUACAUCACUUCCUGUCUGGACAAUCUGACUGCCAGUAAAUCCAACAAAAAGAAGACCGCAGAGAGCACAGGGAAGAAGAAGCCUCCUGUGCUGAGUUACAGCGCCACCCGGCUGCAGGAGAAGGGAGUUCUGCUGGAGAUCGAAGACCUGCCUCCGACACAGUUUAAAAACGUGGUGUUUGACAUCGUUCCUGGACCAGAGAGAGGAAGCUUCAGAGUCAAAACUCGAUUCCUCGGAGUUGAGAUGGAAGAAUUUCUGCUCAAAUACCAGGAUCUGCUGCAGCUGCAGUAUGAGGGCGUGGCCGUGAUGAAGAUGUUUGAUAAGGCGAAGAUAAAUGUCAACUUGCUCAUUUUCCUGCUCAACAAGAAGUUCUUCAAAAAAUGAACCCAGUGAUGCUCAUACUUUACACUCCUAUCUCUGUUGCUACAUCUCAUUACACUAUGUUUAUAUGCCACUGUGUCCUACAGAGUGACACAUCUUUAACUCCUAUCUCUGUUUAUAUUCAAUCAAAUAAGCUUUAUGAUGUUUUGUGAACGUGAGACCAAUUCAAAUGCCUAAUAAUCAACCUUUCAUUAUACAGUGAAGAAUCUGUCCCAUCUUUGUAAUGAUAUGUCACUAUGGAAUCUUUCUGUUCAACAAAGUGAGAUUUCUUCUUCCUUCAGUUCUGUCUGCACCAACCUGAACUGUAGUCCUCUAAUUAAAAGAGUGUCUGGUGAAAA